GUUAUAUGGGGAUCUAUUCAUGAUAUGUCCUACCUACUUAUUUGCUAAGCAAUUUGCUAUGAACUCAAACCGGGAUGCAUAUUUCUACAUGCUAACAUACCAAAGCAAUAUAUUUGGUAGUUUAAACUGGGAUGACCAUGGUGAUGUUGUUCACGGGGCUGACAUGGCCUUUGUGUUCGGACACCCGCUCCGGGAUCCCAAGUCUUAUACGGAAACGGACUAUGAUUUCAGUAUAGAUGUGAUGCAAAUGUGGACUAAUUUUGCCACAAAUGGUAAACCUCAUCACGAAUGGUCAAACCUUUUGGACAGGGAUUCAGAUAAUUUGGUGUCAAAUGUAAAAGAUUUAAACCCCGACCAGAGGUCACGGUUUCACCCUGGUUGA